AUGGAGGGCAUGGAUAUGGGAUCCAGCAGCGCCGACUGCAAAAUCUCCAUGCUGUUCAAUUUUAACACAAUCGAUGCCUGUUUCCUAUCGACAGGAUGGCAAAUCAAGAACAAUGGCAUGUUCGCCGCAACUUGUAUAGGCACCAUCCUGCUCGUCGUGCUGGUUGAGUUCUGUCGCCGCAUUGGGCGCGAGUACGACAACUUUCUGACGCGCCAGUUCCAACGCCAAGCCGCGCACGGCAUACUUGCCAAGACUUGCCCCCGGCGGGCAAUUACUUUUCGCGCCACGCCUUUGCAGCAAUUGAUCCGCUCGGUUAUUCAUGCUGUUACUUUUGCCGGGGCAUACAUCACUAUGUUGCUGGCCAUGUACUUCAACGUAUAUGUGAUUAUCUGCAUUUUCAUUGGCGCGGGUCUAGGCAAAUUCCUAUGUGAUUGGAUGGUGGUUACGGUGGGCUUGGAUGACGUGCAGGAUGAAACGCGGAAAUUGGAGGAGACGACAAUAUGCUGUGAUUAG